AUGCCCUUUUUAUCCUCAUUAGACCGAGAUGAAGAAGUGCCAGUAACUUCCACACCCAUAUUUGAAGGCCAUCUCUCCAUCAGAACAGAGAAAAAGCACUGGCAGUGGAGGUUAUUCAGAUUUGAUGGAUCCAAUUUCACCUGCCUAUCAACACGUAAAAUCAAACUUCCACCCAAUCACAGCGCAUCAUUGAAAUCAAUUGAAUCCAGUUACUCUUUGACAUCGCCCUUGUUAGCAACACCUAAAGAUAAGAACAAGAGACUGGUGGAAUCAAGCAAGACAGAAUUGAAAUACUAUCAAUUGCCUGAAUGGACUAUAGAUGUAGCCAAUAUCUCUGCAAUUUCAGUUCUAAAAAGAGCUAAAAAGAAUGCAUUGCAACAAUCCAAUUCAAAGUGCUUCUCCAUACGUACAUUUGAUCAGAAAUACUACAUCUUGAAGGCUCAAAAGCAGAAGGAUUUAGAACGAUGGUUGUUUGUACUAACCAAAAUGUGGAAGUUUACACAAGCUGUAAAGAAUCAAGUGCAGCAACUUCAACAGCAACAGCAACAACAACAACAACAACAAUUCUAUUACCCAACCCUUCCAAAUGCAACAACAACAACAGCAGCAGCAGCAGCAGCAGCAGCAGCAGCAGCAGCAGCAGCACAUCAAGUGGCACAAGUACAGGCGCAGGCACAACAAGUACAGCAGCAGCAGACAGCUGUGCAAGCUGCUGUGGAUGAUAAUAUACCUCUUGUUCACUCAAUUCAGCAAUUUCCUAGACCACCUGCUCUUUCAGAUGAAAAGAUUAGAGUCAUUGAAGAAUGGCGCAGGUCGUUGGCUGAACUGAUGGCUAGUGACCCAUGCAUCAAGGUAUCCACACCACCUCCAAUUGAACCUAUACCCGAUGACGAUACCAUGAGCGUAUUUACCGACAUGACAAGUGUCAGUAACAGACCUAAACCCAUAAAACGAAGAGGCAACUCAAAGAGAUCGGCUACUUCUCGCUCUCUCAGACGCAAUAAAACGAAUAGCACAGCACCUGCUGGUGCAACAGCAACCACAUCGUCCAAUCAACAUCAGGAGUUGCCCUUGGAGGGUAGACCUGGACCCACAUUAAGGAAAAGAAGAUCAGACGAUGUUCGAAAUUGGAUGAACAAUGGCAGCAGUAAUAGCAAUGGUAAACAAACACUUGCACUCAAUAGAGCAGCCAGUACAUCCAGCAGAAGGAGAAAGCCAAUGAUUCAAAAACUAUCCACUACUGAUUUGUACCAGCAAGUGCCACUCAACAACUAUUACUACAACAACCAAUCCUACUAUAACGCAAACAGCCAACUCAACUCGUCAACUUCACCAGAGAUUAUUCAGCACAUGAACUUUUUUCAAGAUGUCAUUACUGUUUGCGACGACGACGUCUGUCCGUAUGAACAUCGUCAGCAUCAGCAAUACAAUGUUCAGCAGCAAGACGACAAUAAAUUGAGAUACCAUACAUCGGUGCGAGGCAAAAAGUUGAUCCAAGUCAAUCAAGGAGAAGACUCGAUGCCUGCCGGAGUAACAGGUCAUAGUGAAUGUAAAGAUGAAGGAGACGCGAGCCCUUGUAUUGAGAAUGUACAAUUAAAAAUAGAAGAGAAACAGCAGCAGCAGCAGUGUGCCUACACAGAGCAAGGCGAGCAACAAAAAGAAUUAGGAGACGAAUUAGGGCUAUUAUCAAGUCCAAAUCAGGAUAAUAUUAAUAUCAUAAGACCCACUAUCAUUACUAGACGAGCGUCCAUGCCACUCACAGAUGACAAUCUCUUGAUGCAGCAACAAUACCAGCAGCAAUAUCAGCAAUACCAGCAGCAACAGCAGUAUUUGUUUGAUCAACAAAAGAUGAAUGCGCUGUCUCCACUGCAAUUUCUGUCACUCACAGCUACCAAGAAGGAGCUAGAGAAAUACAAAACUGCCAGCCACCAUGACCAAGGCCAAGUUGAAGAAGAGGAAGAAGAAGAAGAAGACAUGAGCUUGGCAGAUUUGCAAAAAUCAUUGCGUCAAGUAGGGCUUCAUCAACAGCAACAACAUACACGGUCUCCAUCAGCAUCUUCUAUACAAGAUUUGCAAAAGAGAUCAUCCAGAUAUAUGAACAACCCGUCUAUUGUGGCGCCUGCUAUACCACCGCAUCAAUACAUCCAACAGCAACAACAACAACUACAGCAGUUUCACCAUCCACAGCAGCAGUUGUACUUGUUUGACUAUGAUCAACAGAAACAUUUGAAGCAGCAACAGCAUCAGAUGCAGCAGCAAUAUCACCACCACCAGCAGCAGCAGCAGCAACAAAAACUCAAAAUGUUUUUACCCUCUACAUCUUCAUCUCAACAACAACAACAAUCUCAUCCUUAUAGUAAUAACAUAUAUCCAUAA